AUCGAUACGCUAUAAAGAGAUGCGCCCAUAUCAAAGAAGUGCGUAUCAGCCUGACUUAAAGCCGUCCUCCUACGAAAUAACCCAGCGCGUGACUAAGAAGAUGUGGGUGAACUUUUGACAUUAAUUAUUGACGGACCCUGAUUGACCAUUCGACAAAGCAGCGUGACAGAUGACCAGAGUAAUGCAAGUACAACAUUAACAGCUGAAAACUAACAGUGUCCAGUGUGUUAAAUUGUAUUGAUACCGAACACUCGCUAGCCGAAAGUGAAUUUUUAUAUAGAUUUCUAUUACGGGAAUUAUACAGUAUAUACCAAUGGAUGAAUAUCAUACAGAAAAUGUACACAGAUGUAUUUAUUGAUAAUAUCAAACAUUGAAUGGUCGCUUUAAUGAAAAGUCGUAAUGCAUUAAUGAAGUUUUGAUAGUGAAAGCAGAUAAGAUCCUUGUGAUUACAUGUAACAAAUGUACAUUCACACUUCAAUAGCAAAAUAAGGAAACUUGUUAACUGUAUAUAGCGAAUGUGGAUUAAUAUUUCACAGCAUUUAUGUCAGUUUUAUACCACUUGUUAGACUACAUAGGCAAUUAUAUUAUUCUGAAUUAGAUAAAACACCACUUGAUGAAAUAAUAGGAACAAAGUAUAUGGUUGUGGAUUAAUUAAAUGCGAGAUCACGGAUAAAAUGUAAAUUGGACACACGUGUGACUCAUUAAAACUAAUUUGUAGCUCACAUUCUAUAGAUUUUUUGCGACAGAAGUUACGGUCCUAUUUCUUUCCGUGUUCUUAUUUGGAUUUCAUUGACUUGAUUUAAAAAGUUAAGGAUUUAAACUGUGAUUCCGAAAUUGUAAUUGGCGCGAAAGUGUAGUACGUGGCUCUCGUGUGCGGCACGUGCAGGCACGAUGACUUCAAACGGUACAGCCGGCACUUCCAUGAUGUUUACCAGCAGCAUUCGCGCCCAAUUGACGCCUGGAUACCAAAUGCCAAAGAUACGUGGGGACCAGUUGGAUGUUUUGGAGAAAAACUUUAAGCAAAAUAGAAAUCCUAACGACUUUGAACUAGCGCUUAUCUCAGCCGAGGCUGGAAUGUCGGAAAAUGACGUGAAGGUUUGGUACCAGCAUCGACUGGCGGUAUGGCGACAACGACAGGGACUGCCAGCUAACAGUGGCUUUGUCAACGAAUAAAACAUAUAUAUGCAUUCCUUCAGACAAAAUUUAAUUACGGUUUUUAAACAUUAAACGAACUGGACUCUUGUCAAUGCCAUUUUUGGACAUUGGUCACAGUUUACGUAAGAAAUUUGUGCCCUACUUCUUCUGUCUGUAAACAUCAAAAACGUUUAGAUCGCAGAAAUACAACAACAACAACAACAAACGACGAUGUAAUGGAAAUCUCGUGGCAUUGAAUAAAUGCAGAUGAUGCAUACGUGACAAACAAUGAAUACGUAAACUCCCGGAAACCUGGCACGUGCCAUGCGAAUGCCAUACAUCAUAACAAGGUGUCACUAUGCAUAACGCGAAAUUAACGUUCUUUUACUGAAUUACUAGAACAAUAAUUUGAUACAUUAUCUUUGCAACAUUGUAUAUUGUGAGUGCUUUAAUAAUAUAUAAAUCAGUUUUACGAUAAAUUAGUUCUCUGUGACCUAAAUAGAAUUCCGUAACUUUAACUACGUUGUAAGGGGAAAGGAAUGCGACAGUAGAAAAGUAAUUUCAAACAUUCUUGAUACAGAUCAAGUACAAAACUUCUAGUAUGUGCAAUAAAAAACAAAUUGAGCGCGAGUUACAAAUCAUUCCUUGUCGAACAGAUAAUGUAAAUACAUAAUAAUUAAAAUACAGAUUGUUAGACGGACAACGGACAAGCGAAACUGCGUCUUACUUUGAAGUUCACACGUGUUAAACGAACAUGUGUACACGUGUUCAACAACAAAACAGGGAAGUUUGUUGCAGCGGGAUAAAUCGUUCCUUACUGGCAAUGCUACAGGUCAGGAACUAGCAAUAUGUUUGUUAAGAAAAGGAAUAAACGUAAUGAAUGAUUAAAAUUGACAACAAAUAACUAUCAAGAUAUAAACUGAAGAUAUUUCAUGUAUAUAGUAACGUUUUUUUUGUGUCCAUUUUGUUCAAUAUGAAAAUAUCUAGUCAUUGUGUUUAUAUUGGUGUUUUUGUUGUGGCGAUUUAAACGAGAACAGAAUAACUUGUAUUUAACUAUUUUUUUCAUUAUGAUUUGCUAUGUUUGUUCAUUCGAUGUACAUGUAUAUUGUUACCAUAUCCAUUAAUUAAUGUUAUCAUUUUGAACAGAACUUUGCACAACGUUCACAUCAGUAGUAUCUGUUCUGUUCUGC